AUGAAGCUCUUGCUCAGCGUUCUUGUGAUCUUUGGUCUCGUUGCUUUCAUUGGGGCUGCUCCAUUUGAAGACGAACCUGAAGCUUCUGAAGAACUCAAAACUGAAGCUGAUCUUUCAGAUAAGGAACAAGGUGAAKCUCCAGAAAUACCACAAGACGAGGACGAAGACAUCCCAGAAAAUGCAAAAGAAGAAGAAUUAAAUGCCCAAGAAGACGAGGAAACCGAUGAAGAUUCGCUGACCCUUGAAAAGCUUGAUAUGCAAGAGGACGUCCAGAAAGAUCCAUCGCGCAUAAUGACCAAAACAUGUCGCGUGUUUCUGACCCCCCAAAUACUUUCCAGGAAAGUUUACAAAUGCAUGUAUUGUUGCAAUACUCGAUGUGGACGCGGGUAUUAUGGACGUCUCAGAAGUGGUCAACGUGUCCUUUUCUGUCGGGUAAGUGGAGGGAUUUGCACAAGGACUUUAUUCCUUUCUUAUGUGUAG